AUGAAAAGUUUAACUCUUUGCCUACUGCUGCUCGUCUGUGGCAGCUGCCUGUUGGGCUCCAAUGCCAACACUAUCAAUGACAACUCCGUCCACUACGAGGAGGUGGAACUCUAUAGCGACGAUGGCUUCAUCAAGACAAUGGAGAAAAUUCUAAUGAAAGUUUUGACGACAGUUCGCGGUGUCAAUUGCACGAUAAAAACCGUUGCUGAUAUUUUGAUAGCAACCACAAAGUAUGUGGACUCUAUUGAUGUCUGUGGCAUGGCUGUGCCCAAAGAAGUGGCCAAAAUUGUCAAAUGCUGCAAGGACAUCAUCGCCAUAUGCGAGGAUAUCAUUCAUCUCAACAGCACCAUUUGCGCCGCCGAGGAAAAUGGCAAAAUGACGUCCGGCAAGUGUUUCUGGAAGCUCUUCGAGGCCAUCAUGAAGUUGACCCGCAAGCUCAACACAGCCCUCAAGCUUAUAGCCAAGCUGCCAGGAGACACAGAAGCCUGUUUUGUCGAUGCCACCAACGAGGUGGUCGAGAGCUAUGAUAACUUUUUGCCAAAUAUCAAUAAGUGUAUCGACGAGAUGUAGAACAAGUAUACGAUAUGUGGAUACUGAAAUAGGAGAAUAUAAA